CCCUGCUUUUCUGCACACCCUACAGAGUUCACAGCCAGGCCAUGGCAGCCCUGGCAGCUGGAGUAUCCAAGCAACGUGCAGCUUCUAAAGGGCUUGGCUCUAACCAGAAUGCUGUAAAGUAUUUGGGCCAAGACUUUGAGACCCUGAGAAAACAAUGCUUGAACUCAGGGGUGCUGUUUAAAGAUCCAGAGUUUCCAGCGUGUCCAUCAGCUUUGGGCUACAGGGAUCUCGGGCCUGGAUCCCCCCAAACUCAAGGCAUCAUAUGGAAGCGACCCACGGAACUGUGUCCCAGCCCUCAGUUUAUUGUUGGUGGAGCCACACGGACAGACAUCCGCCAAGGGGGUCUAGGUGACUGUUGGCUUCUGGCAGCCAUUGCCUCCCUCACCUUGAAUGAAAAACUGCUUUACCGAGUGGUCCCCAAGGACCAGAGCUUCCAGAAGAACUAUGCAGGCAUUUUUCACUUCCAGUUCUGGCAGUAUGGAGAGUGGGUAGAGGUGGUCAUUGACGACAGACUCCCCACCAAGGAUGGGCAGCUGCUCUUUCUGCACUCGGAAGAAGGCAAUGAAUUCUGGAGUGCUCUCCUGGAGAAAGCCUAUGCCAAGCUCAAUGGUUCCUAUGAGGCACUUUCUGGGGGAUCCACAAUUGAGGGGUUUGAAGAUUUUACAGGUGGCAUCUCUGAGUUUUACGACUUGAAGAAGCCCCCGGGCAAUCUAUACCACAUCAUCCGGAAGGCCCUCCGUGCGGGAUCUCUGUUGGGGUGCUCCAUUGACGUCUCAAGUGCAGCCGAAGCAGAAGCCACCACCAGGCAAAAGCUGGUGAAGGGUCAUGCAUACUCUGUUACCGGAGUCGAAGAGGUGGAUUUCCGUGGCUGCCCAGAGAAGCUGAUCAGAUUGAGGAAUCCGUGGGGUGAAGUGGAGUGGUCUGGAGCCUGGAGUGAUGCAGCACCUGAGUGGAAUUACAUAGAUCCCAGGAAGAAGGAAGAGCUGGACAAGAGAGCAGAGGACGGAGAGUUCUGGAUGUCCUUCUCGGAUUUCUUGAAGCAGUUCUCUCGACUGGAAAUAUGCAACUUGUCCCCAGACUCCCUGAGCAGUGAGGAGGCCCACAAAUGGAACAUGGUGCUCUUCAACGGCCGCUGGACACGAGGCUCCACAGCUGGGGGCUGCCAGAACUACCCAGGCACUUACUGGACCAACCCCCAGUUCAAAAUCCAUUUGGAUGAGGUGGAUGAGGACCAGGAGGAGGGCAUCAGUGAACCCUGCUGUACAGUGCUGCUGGGUCUGAUGCAGAAGAAUCGCAGACGACAAAAGAGGAUUGGCCAGGGCAUGCUCAGCAUAGGCUACGCUGUCUACCAGAUUCCCAAGGAGCUGGAGAGUCACACGGAUGCUCACCUGGGCCAGGACUUCUUCCAGACCCACCAACCUUCUGCCUGCUCCAGCACCUACAUGAACCUGCGGGAAGUGUCCAGCCGGGUCCGACUGCCCCCAGGACAGUACCUGGUGGUGCCAUCUACCUUCGAGCCCUUCAAGGAUGGUGACUUCUGCUUGAGGGUGUUCUCAGAGAAGAAGGCCCAGGCUCUAGAAAUUGGGGAUGCUGUGGCUGGAAACCCACACAAGCCACAUCCAUGGGACACGGAUCAAGAAAAUGAACACUUCCAGAGCCUGUUUGAAGAGUUUGCAGGCAAGGAUUCUGAGAUCAGCGCUAAUCAGCUCAAGAGGGUCCUGAAUGGAGUGCUUUCUACACGAACAGACAUGAAAUUUGAUGGAUUCAACAUCAACACUUGCAGAGAAAUGAUCAGCCUGCUGGAUAGUAACGGGACUGGAACCCUGGGACCCGAGGAGCUCAAGACACUCUGGCUGAAGAUUCGCAAGUAUCUGGAGAUCUACCAGGAAAUGGAUCACAACCAUGUAGGGACCAUUAAUGCCCAUGAGAUGAGGACAGCCCUCAAGAAAGCAGGUUUCACUCUCAGCAACCAGGUGCAGCAAACUAUUGCCCUGAGGUAUGCUUGCAGCAAGCUUGGUGUGGACUUCGACGGCUUUGUGGCUUGCAUGAUCCGCUUGGAGACCCUGUUCAAACUGUUCAGGCUUUUGGACAAGGACCAGAAUGGCAUCGUUCAGCUCUCCCUGGCUGAGUGGCUGUGCUGUGUGCUGGUCUGACCUGGUGCUUUGGACAUCAACAGCUUCCCUGCUUUCUGCUUGUCUUUUUGCAAUCUUAUGAACACGUACCCUCAAGUGACUUUUUCUGAUUGUUGUAUUGUCCCAGCUAAUCACUGUUUCUGAGACAUUGGUCUGUCCUAACAGAGCAGGCUGGGGAGCCCCAGAUCUCUCAGCAGCACAGAGCUAUGAACUAUUUGAGCUGAUCCCAGGGCCCAGUGGAAGGAAAUCAGCCAAUUAAAGUCAUGGGCUAGAAUGACUUCUGCCUCCCUCUAGAGAUGUGCGAUGGUGUGGGGCAAGCUGGGCUUUUCAUGCACUGGGAAAAGAUAUGACUCUGAGCUACCAGAAGGCUGAAAAAGGUGGAUGCUUUCUUGGAGGAGAGUCUUGCUGGAAGCGGGGCUGCUUCUGCACGUCUUUGGGGAAAGAGGUAGAGGUUUAGCUCUGCCAAGAAAGGCCACAGGCCUUUCUAGAGAAACUGUCUCACUGGGGGUGGGCUUUGAGAGCUUAACUGGGCUUAUGGUUCAAGGUGUGAGCCCUCGGCUUCCUGCUCCUGCCCCCGUGCCUUCACUCCAUCACUGGGGAUGCUCUCUCUCUGGAACCAUAAGCCUUCUAUAAGGUGACCUGGUCAUGGUGUUUUGUCACAGCAGUAGUGACUAGUACAACUGUCUAUGUGCUGAGAUGUGUUGACUGUGGUCUCAAUAUUCAGUCCAAUUCCAAACAUCUUCAUAGUCACAGUAGCUCCAACACUGUUCAAAAAUUUAACCUAUCUUCUGAGGCUUAAGGCAGACUCUUUAGCUGUGAACCUCUACAAACAUAAACAGGUUAUAUACUUUCAAUACACAGUGGUACAGAGGGAGGACUGGGAGGCCAGUAAGUAGAGAUUAGACCAAAGCCAAACAGGGAAAGCACUAAAUUAUAUAGUUCUGUGUCUGGCAUACAGGACAAAUAAUGACAUCAUUUGAGCUUCAAGUGGCUGGGGUAGCCCCUUCCCAGCAGCCUGCAGCACACAUGGGCUCCUUUUGGGGAACCUCCAAUUACUGCCUAUAGGUUUUAUCAGCAUAUGUCACCUGCUCUUGGUGUUUCCAGCGCCCUGGUGUCUCCAUUGAAACUUGGGUGUCACAUUUGCAGCCUACUCAGGGGUCCAUGCGGGGAACCCCGGCUCUGCUACACAUUUCCCGGCCUUUGACUUUUCUCCAGACUCUCAGAGCCGAGCUCUACAGCAUCUGUGUUCUCUGUGCUUGAAAACUCAGCACAACACUGACCUUUGCCACCCAUGCAGGAUAUAGCCAGGAUUCCCAAGAUGAUGGUGGCAGUGGGUUCUGUAAACCUCACAGUCUGGGGAAACAUUUCCGGAGUGGCCCUGAGACAUUCUUUAUAGACGCUCUCAUUUCAAAUGUGUUUCUAUACCCUGUUGCUUCCAAUGCUUGGCAUCUUUGCCUUGAGGUUUGCUCUUGUGCCAGGGCAAAGAGCUCAGUUUGCCUUUACCAGCAGUCAUGCCUUUGCUUGCAGCAUUCACGUGGUUCACUGUUUUACCUGUAUUCAGACUCCUUUGCUGAAGGUUUGACAAAUCCUUCUGCUCUGCUGUGGUGGUCUGAAAGAAAAUGGCCCCCAAAGGGAGUAGCGCUAUUAAGAGGUGUGGUCUUGAUGGAGAAAGUAUGUCACCGUGGGAGUGGGCUUUGAGGUCUCUUCUCCGACUUCACUCAGCAUGAUGGUCAAAUUCCUGUUGCCUCUGAGUCAAGAUGUAGGGCUCUCAGCUCCAGCACCAUGUCUGCCUGCAUGCCUCUGUCUUCUCUUCCAUGAUGAUAAUGGACCAA